AUGGAGGCGCGCACUUGUUUCUUCCUCAAACACCCAGUAGAGGAACUGGAAAGUAAAGCGCGGGAUUUGGUAGAGAGCAGCAACUUCAGCGGCUCACUUCGGAUUGCGUAUCACCAACAAGAAGGAGGAGGAGGAGGAGGAGGAGGAGGGGAGGAGGGAAGACAUUGGGAACUCACACCGACCCCGACACCGAACCCGAACUUGACGGCCAUCCUCGUUACAUUUAUCGUCGCAGCGAACCUCUGA